AUGUCUAACGAAGAGUUCUCAAGAGAGGCCCUUGAGUCUGUGCUCAAGCGUCGUUUCUUCUUUGCGCCAUCUUUCGAGAUCUACGGUGGUGUUUCUGGUUUGUACGACUACGGUCCACCGGGAUGUGCGUUGCAGGCCAACAUCAUUGACGCCUGGAGAAAGCACUUUGUUCUCGAAGAAGACAUGUUGGAAGUGGACUGUACCAUGCUUACCCCACACGAGGUGUUGAAGACCUCGGGCCACGUCGACAAGUUUGCGGACUGGAUGUGCAGAGACUUGAAGACUGGUGAGAUCUUUAGAGCAGACCAUUUGGUCGAAGAGGUGAUUGAGGCCAGAUUGAAGGGUGACAAGGAGGCAAGAGGAAUUGCGCAAGAGGAGCCAGAGGAGGAGGACGAGCAGAAGAAGAAGAGAAAGAAGAAGGUCAAGGAGAUUAAGGCCAUAAAGUUGGACGACGAAGUCGUCCAGGAGUACGAGACCAUUUUGGCCAAGAUUGACGGCUACUCCGGUCCUGAGCUGGGAGCGUUGAUGAAGCAAUACAACAUCGGCAACCCAGCCACCGGUGAGGCUUUGGAGCCUCCAAUCGAGUUCAACUUGAUGUUUGAGACCGCUAUUGGGCCAUCUGGACAAUUGAAGGGCUACCUCAGACCAGAGACUGCACAGGGCCAGUUUUUGAACUUCAACAAGUUGUUGGACUUCAACAACGAGAGAAUGCCAUUCGCCUCUGCCUCGAUUGGUAAGUCUUUCAGAAACGAGAUUUCCCCAAGAUCCGGUCUUUUGAGAGUGAGAGAAUUUUUGAUGGCAGAAAUCGAGCACUUUGUUGAUCCCGAGAACAAGGCACACGCCAACUUCGACGCCAUCAAGGACUUGAAGAUUUCUCUUCUUCCAAAGGAGGUCCAGCAGGCCGGUAAGACGGACAUCUCCGAAAUCACCAUCGGCGAGGCUGUUGCCAAGAAGAUCAUUGACAACGAGACCUUGGGAUACUUCAUCGGUAGAAUUUACCUCUUCCUCGUGAAGAUCGGUGUGGACCCGAAGAAGCUGCGUUUCAGACAGCACAUGUCGAACGAGAUGGCACACUAUGCCCAGGACUGCUGGGACGCUGAAUUGCAGACGUCCUACGGGUGGAUCGAGUGUGUUGGAUGUGCUGACAGAUCUGCAUACGAUCUCUCCGUGCACGCUGCAAAGACGAAGGAGAAGCUUGCUGUGAGAGAAGCGUUGAAGGAGCCGCAGACGGUCGAGCUGUACGAGUGCGAGAUCGAGAAGAAGAAGUUCGGCCCGCUCUUCAGAAAGGACGCACCGAAGGUCGAGGAGUGGUUGAACACGAGAACGCAGUGCGACCUGGAGGAGCUUGCCAAGGAGCUCGAGCAGAAGUGCAAGAUCACCGCCAAGAUCGCCAACACGGCGGCCGCGGAGACAGAGAUUCCAGACAGCUUGAUCAAGAUCGAGAAGAAGAAGAAGACCGUCCACGUGAGAGAGUACACUCCGAACGUGAUCGAGCCUUCCUUCGGUAUCGGCAGAGUCAUCUACGCCAUCUUCGAGCACAGCUUCUGGACCAGACCCGAGGACUCCGCCAGAGCGGUGCUCUCCUUCCCUCCUCUCGUGGCGCCAACCAAGGUGUUGGUUGUGCCCUUGAUGAACAACAAGGAGUUGCAGGACGCUACCAAGACGGUCAAGGCCACCUUGCGCCGUGCCCAGAUCCCAUUCAAGGUCGACGACUCCGGUGCGUCCAUCGGUAAGCGUUACGCCAGAAACGACGAGUUGGGCACCCCCUUCGGCAUCACGGUCGACUACGACACCAUCCAGGACGGCUCCGUCACCCUCAGAGACAGAGACUCCACCAGCCAGAAGAGAGGUUCGCUUGCCGACGUUGUCGCCGCCGUUGAGGCCAUCACCUACAGAGGCGCCUCCUGGGAUGAGGGCACCAAGAAGCUUGUUCCUUUCGAGUCCAAGAACGAGGACUGA